GUAAUCGUAGAGACAAAAUGCUCGUUUCUUUCGUCCUCUUUUCACAAGUAUAUAUAUAGACAUUUUUACAAUAUUUUAGAGUUUUAACUUUCUUUCAACAGUUUAAUUUGUUUUGGCGAGGGAAUUAUUAUUACUGAUGUUUUUGUAUACGCCAACGUAAAUGUUAAUUUCAUUGAAAAUGUGCUUGUCUCGCCCAGCGAGUGGUCAACUGCACUAAACUGUAGUAGGAAUUCGCUUAGGGCAAAAAAGAAAUUAAACAAAAAAAGAUGACUUUUUCGGUGCCUUCAAUUUGUAACUAAGAAAGUCAAUCUUUACUUUGUUAGGUAUGCAUAUUUUAAUAGUUAUCAGUACUAAAUUGGCAAAGCCAUAUAUGUGGGCAGCCAGCAGCCUAUAUAUAAAUAAUCUUUGAAUACAAUUUCACAUUUACACUCAUGAAGUAACAUCAAUAUCAUGCAUCUUUUAACACUCUGCUAUGAUUUGGCAUUCUGUUGCAUCGUUGAAAGAAACAUGGUUUCUUAGUACCUUUGCAGAUGUUACGAACUGAAGAUUUAUAGAUUUGGUAUUGUAUCUAGAUGACUCGUUCGAUAGAGCGAGACGCCCCUUCAAAGUCUUAGCGUCUUAUUUAAUCCCAAUUUGCAUAUACGAUUUCACUGUUACGGGGAGCCGGAAGAUACAGUUAUUAAUUUUUAAAUGAGUUACGUACAUCUUGUCUUUAGGUCUGAACAGAUAUUUGCAACAUUGAAUUUGGUUUUGGUUUAAACUUAAGUGAAUACGCUUUGAAGUACCGUCAUGAAACUCCAAACAGGAGUUUUGCUCAUAUGGAUUCUGUGCUUCGUUUGGUCUAUCAAAGCGGACUCGCAUCUCUGUGGACAUCGUAACAUCUCGCAGAGUGCUGCACAUCGUCGCGUAAAGAGAGUAAUUGGUGGAACAGAAGCAAAAAGAAAUUCCUGGCCGUGGAUUGUGAACUUUAUUGAUAAUCAAAAUCUUCAACAAUGUGCCGGUUCAAUUAUCGACCAUGAAUGGGUUUUGACUGCUGCGCAUUGUUUUCUGUUCGAACCCGAACCAGGCCCAGUUAAAAAUUAUACCUAUAUUGUUGCUGAUCAUGGAUUAAACAAAACAGAUGAACACGAAUAUGAAAUUACGGCAUCAAAAGUUUAUGUUCAUCCAAAGUACUUUAUGGGUAAUAUGGUGUCUCCUGGUGAUUAUGACAUAGCGUUGAUGAAACUCUCAAAACCCCUAAACUACAGUGAUCAGGUACAACCUGUUUGUCUUGGAGAAAAGGAUGAUGUUUUUGACGAAAAUGAUACCUGUGUUUUAACCGGUUGGGGUAACGAUAAAAAUAUAUCAGGGUACUAUCGUUCACCAUUCUUGAAGGAAGUCAAACUUGAUUUGGUUGAUCUAAAAGUAUGUAAUAGUAAUGCUUCAUAUAAGGGGCAGGUUUCGGACAGAUUUCUCUGUGCCGGUCAAAAAAUCGGUCGUAUUGAUGGAUGUUCGGGUGAUAGUGGAGGUCCAUACCAAUGUGAACGUAAUAAUACAUGGAUACAAAUUGGGAUAAUGAUCUGGGGUAUCGGAUGCGCUGAGGAAAACCAUUAUGGCGUAUAUACCGAUGUCAGAGUUCUUCAAUCAUUUAUUAAAGCAAUACAAGCAGGACCAAACCCUAACUUGACUGUGUACGCCAUGAAAUCGCUGAAGGAUGUCCGACCGUCCUUGAAGAGUAGACUCUCAAGUAACCUGUAUGAUUUGUUCACAAACAAAGGAGAGUUUUCUAAAAUUGACCUGGUGAGAAAUUAUCGCCUAGUUCCAUAUCAAAUUGAGUUGAUAAACAAAACAACGUUAAUGGACCUAGUGUUCGUUAGUUCAAAGUCCAACGUAACUGCGAAUACCACUACGUUGAAACACGUCAUUACUGAUAUUUUCGACAGUCAAGCUAAAAGAUUAUAUAAUUAUCAUAAGAGCAAAGGAGUUGUGAAAGAAUUUAACAUCACUUUUGAAGAAAUCUACGAAUCAGUUAACUUAACCAAAGACGGAUUUCUAAAUUCUAAGUCAACAGUGAUUGAAAAGGUCAGGAAAAGAAUAUACGUUGAACGAUAUAUCGACAAUCUUAAAAUGUACCGAGACACAAUAAUGGCCUACAAAUCGGGUUUGAGCGUUGUUUUCAACAUUUCACAAUUUAAAAAGGAUUUGAAUAAAUCGGCAGAUGACUUGAAAAAUCUUGAGAAGAAAUCGCUCAAACUAAUUUUAGUGAAACACAACCAAAUGUUGUUUACCAAGAUGUUAGGUGUACGUAAUAUAUCAUCUUUCUUCGAGACCAGUCUGGAAAUUUUGAAAAAUAUGACUGUCGCUAAAGUAUUAACUGAAUAUCUUCAUAUUAAUCUUACUACUUUUGCAUCAUCACAUCAACUAACAAGUGAAGAAAUUGAUCUUUUAAAACUGAAAAAGAUAUCGUCUGUUUCUUAUCCUGAUGAUCAAAGCCUUUAUGAUUUGAUGAAGAAAAUAUUGGCAGAGUUGUAUGAUUCUUGUGGUAUUCGUUAUAAGCACUCGCGAUCACGUCGUAAGAGAGUAAUAGGUGGACGUGAAGCGGCAGAAAACAGUUGGCCGUGGAUAGUAAACUUUAUCAAUUCAAACACGCGGGAACAAUAUUGUGCCGGAUCUAUCAUUGAUCGUAAAUGGAUCUUAACUGCUGGUCAUUGUUUUGUUCUGAGUGAUGGGAAUUUAGUGUUGUCAAACUACACCUACCAUGUCGGAGACCACCGCCUAAAUUUCACAGAUGCUCACGAGUACACAAUCGAGGCAUCAAAACUGUUUAUUCAUCCGAAAUAUGUUGGUGGAGCAGAUUACAGCCCAGGAGACAAUGAUAUAGCUAUGAUUGAGUUGAAACGACCAUUGACUUAUAGUAAAUAUGUUCGACCAUUAUGUCUUGUCAAAGAUGGUGAGGCGUUUAUGAACGGAACUUGUUAUGUAUCGGGGUGGGGAAACAUCGUGAACAAGCAAGGUUACCAUCGCUCCCCUGUUCUGAAAGAGGCCGAACUGGAUUUAGUAUCUCUAGAAGCCUGCAACAGUGAUACUUCAUAUAACGGAAAUAUUUCUGACAGCUUUAUUUGUGCUGGUUUCGAGGAAGGUGGCACUGAUUCUUGUUCUGGUGAUAGCGGCGGUCCUCUACAGUGUCAUCGCAAUGGAUCAUGGGUACAGAUAGGUAUUGUGAGUUGGGGAAAGCAAUGCGCUCUGAAAAACUUUUAUGGUGUCUAUUCAAAUGUUGAGCAGCUUCUGCCUUUUAUCAAUGCAAUGAAAUCUGGACCUAACGUCAACCUUACGACUUAUUAUGAAAAAACUUUGGUAGAAUUGUUACCCAAGAUGCAUGAACGACGAUCGAAGAAUCUCGGAGAAUUGUUGACAAACAACAAACAGUUCUCGGAUUUCGACUUAGUGCGGAAUCUUCAAAGCAAACCAGACCAAUUUAAACUUCUGAACAAAGCAACUCUAAUGAAUCUCGUGUUUGUCAGCGAUGAUCAAAAUCUAACCCAAAACAACACGAUGUUAAAAUACAUUGCCAAAGUUUUCUUACAGCAAACGAAUAGACUGAAAAUGUACAUGAAAAGUGAAGAGCUUGGGAAAGAACUAAACAUUACUUUUGAUGAAAUGGUUCAGUUAUUGGGUUUAUCAAAAGAAAAAUUUCUUGAUUCCAAACCUGAGGUUCUUAAGCAAGUCAGAUCCAUUACUUUAAUCCAAAAGUUGUUGAGCAAACUUACAGGGUACAAAGAUGAUUUGAUGACCUACAAAAAUAAUGUAAACAUAAGUUUGGAUGUCAUGAAAAUUAGGCAACAUUUUAACACGCUCUCUUUUAAAGACAUCAAUAUGUUGACGGAGAAAGAACUGAAACAAAUGCUAGUCAACCAAAAUAUGAUAUUAUUCACAAAGACACUGUCCUCACGAAACAUCUCAACAUUUUUCAAUAUUUCUACUCCUACUUUAAGAAGUAUGACAGUUCCUGAUGUUGUAACUCAAGUGUUAGGUAUCAGUGUUCACAACUUUACAUCAUUACUUAUGUUAACGGCCCAUCAGCUGGAAGUCAUCCAUGACUCCGAAAUAUCCACUGUAUCUUACUCAGAGGAGAAGACUCUUUAUGAAAUCACACACGCUCUCUUAGAGGAAAAAGGCAAGACCAACAAAUGCAGCAAAUCACGUUGUGCAAAGAACGCAAGAUGUAUCCAGAAUUCAGAUUACUCAUUCUCGUGUCAUUGUAUGAAGGGCUACAUUAAAAAUGGUGACGAGUGUGAUACUGGCAACACAAUAUUUGAAUCUGACGUGGUUCUGAACCAAACAUUCACCGAGUCACUCAACAAUCCAAACUCAUCAGAAUAUCUGGACCUCGCAAAAAAAAUUGAACAAGGUUUAACAGCUGCGAUUAGAAAAGAAAAUAUUUUCCCUGGGUUCCUUGGUUGCCAGGUUACUGGUUUUAAAAAAGGAAGUGUAGUCGCUCAGUAUAUUUUGAUAUUUCGACUAAAAGAAACGGAGACUGUUAAUGCGUCGAAACUAUCAGAAAUUAUACGUAGAUCAGUUCGGAAUGGUUCGUUGGCAUUGCCUGUCUUGUCAUCAAAAUCUCUUGUGGCGACAGAUUUUUGUUCCUUGGGUCUCCACAGUUGUCACGAACAUGCUACAUGCACAGUAAGAAAUGACAUUGUGACUUGCACAUGUAACAAAAAUUAUCAUGGUGAUGGUAAAAGUUGCGUAGAUCCGUGCAAGAAACUUGAGUGUCCUGCUCACUCUUAUUGUUUCCGUGGCUUGAAUGGACAUGCGAAAUGUAUCUGUGACUCUGGUUAUACUUACGAAGAAGGGGAAUGUAAAGAUAUUAAAGAUCUAAAACCAGCUCUAAUCGUUGUCAGCUGUGUUGCUGGUACCUUGCUGUUACUGGCGUUGUUGGUGUGCUGGUAUCAAUAUUGCAAUAGAAAUAGAAAUAAAUCCCUGGAAAUCACUGCGAACGGCGACAGAGGAACAGAAAAUGUUGCGUAUGACACGAUGAAUAUGGAUAAACUUUAAUUGCAUUUGCAAUCACUCUUUUUAAAAUAUUUACUGAUUUUAUCUUCAUAAUCAUGCACAGUAGGAUGUCGAUGUAUAUUUUAUAGACUAGUUGUGAUUAUAUAGAAAAAAACUUCAUUCGUUCUCCAGCAGGCAUUUAUAGGAUAUUAGAAUGACGUUUAUGGUAUAUAUAUAUAAUCGUUGAACUUUAUAAGCCUAAUUAUAUUAAUAUAUUAGUUAUAUUAAUAAUACUUAUUAAUAUUACUUUAGUAUUAGUAAUGUAUAGGUUUCGCGCUGUUCUUUAAGACUCUGUAUACGAUUAAAGCGUCUGAUUGGUUGUUUUUUAAUACUUAAAACAAUGAGUCACUACCGUUGAGAUAAACGGAAGAACUAAGAAACGAAAAUAAAAAUGACUUA